CGCUUUAAGUCUUGUGAGGCGGAACAAGACGAAAUUUGAGUUGAAGGUUUUUACUCACGCCCAAGAACAGGUUUAUAUUGGACGUUGAGCUUGAGUGAAAGCUAUGGUUGAGAGGUCUCUGGGGGUUCGCCCGGAUGGAGGUGACUCACGCAGACGCAAGCCACUCCGCGCCCCCCCCUGCGCCACUCGGGAAGACACGCGGGAGAUGGCGCGCGCGAUCAUCACAUCACAUCAGCCAUGAGGAACCCCUCCUGCGAAGACCACUCCCAAGUCCCCACGGCUGCAAGCAUAGAAAAGAACAAGCUGUCUGGAGCCAUAAGCUCGCAGUUAUAAGUAGUAGGACAUAUAUCAGUCAAAACGCUCGCCCCACGCUCAGCUUCAAUACGCUCCCCACGAUGACUACUUCAACCACCGCCCCUCACUUUUGGCUCAGAGCUGAGACAAAGAAGAACGAGAGACGGACCGCUCUUACACCCGACGUAUGCAAUAAGCUUAUCCGCGACCACAGUUUUGCGAUAACGGUCGAAAAGAGUACCGACAGGAUUUUCGACAUUGCCGAAUAUGAGAGAAUCGGCUGCAAGAUUGCAGAAACGGGUUCAUGGCAAACCAGCGCGCCUGCGGACGCGUAUAUAGUCGGCCUCAAAGAGCUCCCGGAAACCGACACGUCGCCGCUCUCCCACACUCACAUCAUGUUCGCCCACUGCUUCAAAAACCAACGCGAUUGGGAAAAAGUCCUGUCCCGUUUCGACCGCGGGCACGGGACGCUGCUCGACUUGGAGUUUCUCAACGAUCCCAAAACGGGCCGGAGGGUCGCUGCGUUCGGCUACUACGCCGGUUACGCGGGCGCCGCUCUUGGGCUAGAUGUAUGGGCCCAUCGCCAGCUGGAAGGCGCAGACACGCCGUACCCGACCGUCAAGCCGUUCGAGAAUGACGACGCUCUGAUCACGCAUAUCAAAGGCCGUGUCCAGCAGGCCGUCAAGAAGAACGGCGGCCAGACACCCUCGGUGAUGGUCAUGGGCGCCCUCGGUCGCUGCGGAUCCGGCGCCGUCGACCUCGCUCGCAAGAUCGGCAUCUCAGACGAGGCCAUCAUCAAAUGGGACAUCAACGAGACCAAGGCCGGCGGACCGUUCAAAGAGAUUGUCGCGCACGACGUAUUCGUCAAUUGCAUCUACUUGUCCAAGCCCAUCCCACCCUUCCUCAACAGGGAGGUCAUUGAAGCCGUCUCGGAAAAGGAGAGGAAGCUUCAGGUCCUUGUCGACGUGUCGUGCGAUACUACCAACCCACAUAACCCGAUCCCGCUGUAUGACCAGUCCACCACGUUCGAUGACCCUGUCCUGACCGUCGAGUUUGCCAAACCCCACCCCCCACUCUCCGUCAUCACAAUCGACCACCUCCCGACCCUCGUACCCCGCGAAGCAUCCGAGAUGUUCGCCACCGACCUCCUCCCCUCCCUCCUCCUCCUCAAAACAGACCGCAAUGCACCCGUCUGGGCCGACGCGGAGAAGCUGUUCAAGGAAAAGCUGGCCGACGCGAGGAAGGAGCUGGCUUAGCUAGGGGCGAUGUAGUCUACGGAACAUUUUGGAUAUGGGACCGGAGGGAGUCCCGUCAUGUCAGGACAUACCCAUGGGCGUCCC